AUGUCUAGGGAUAUCAGAUCAUUUUUUACAGUAAAAAAAGAGAAAACCAAAAAAGAUGAAGACAGUGAUGUUAUACCAGAAUCACCGAAUGUACAAGUUACAAACAAGAAGAAACAGUCUCGUAAAAAAAGACAAAUUCAAGAGGAUUCAGAUGAGGAAAUAUUUUCUGCACCAAAUAAAAAAAAGAAGUCUCCUACAAAAUCCUUAAAAGAAGUUAAAGCAGCUGACUUAUUUGGUUCAGCGCCAAUCAAAAGAACGGAGCCCAUUGUAAAGAAAAUAAAAAAAGAAACCGAGUUAACUAUACACUCUGAUGAAGAAUUUGAACAAAGUCUUAUACAGUUAGAUGAAAAAAUCAAUCAAGAGAUACAAGCAACUAAAGAAAUAGCAAAUGAAACAUUAACAAACAAUAAAGAUACACUAAAAGAUAAAAAAGAUGAUAUACUAAAGGAUAAAAGAGAUGAUAUAUCAAAAGAUAAAAAAGAUGAAAAAUUAUCAGUCAAUGAUGUUACAAAUAACAAAAAGAGAAAAUUAAAUAAAAGUUUGACUGAACAUAGUGAUAAUAAAGUUGAGGUGAGUAAGAAAAUGAAGAAGGAUUUUAGUGAGUUUAUUGAGAAUGGGGAUGGCUUAAACACAAGCGAGCCCACACAGGAAUCACCGGAAACAAAACAGAAGAAACGCAAACUGGACAAGAGUCUCAAUGAAUCAGUCAUAUCAGAUGAGGAGCGGUAUGAAAGAAAGAGACAAUCAGCUGCCUUAUAUCAGAAGUACCUGAACAGAUCCGGACCAAAACAUUUAGGAACAAAGGAAAUGCCCGAGGGUACACCCGAUUGUUUAAAAGAUUGUUCGUUUUUAUUGACCGGUGUGUUAGAUUCCUUUGAGAGGGAUGAAGUUAUCGCAGCCAUUACCAAGUAUGGUGGCGUUAUCAAGAACGGCAUCAGUAAGAAGGUGACACACGUCAUAGCUGGAGAUGACGCCGGUCCAGCGAAAUUGGCUAAAGCCCAAGAACUUGGAAUAAAAAUUAUGAAUGAAGACGAAUUCUUACAGUUCAUAAGGGAUUCGUCUAACAAAAAGACCCCGCCUAAAGAUGUAAAAAAGGAAAGUGACAAGAAAAAAGAUAAAUCAAGUGAAAAGAAAAGGGAAAAGGUAAAAAAAUCACCACAAAAUAACGAAAUCAACGUGAAUAAAGCUAAGGUUGAGGAAUCUCCGAGAAAUAUCAAACAAUCUGAAGUAAAAUCGAAUUUAAAUAAAGUUGAAUCAAAAGUAGAAAGUAAGGAACACACUAAAAUGCCUGUUAAAAAGGAUAUUGUUAAUGAUGGAGAAUUGAAGAAAUCUUGCAGUACCGAGGUACCAAACUCCCUUAUGUGGGUUGACAAAUACAAGCCAAAGAGUCUUAAACAGAUCAUCGGUCAACACGGAGAAGCCAGUAAUGUUAACAAAUUACUGAACUGGUUGAAAAAGUGGUAUAUGAAUCGUAAGGCUAAGUUGCCGAAGCCGAGUCCUUGGGCCAAGAAUGACGACGGCGGCUACUAUAGAGCUGCGCUAUUAUCAGGACCACCUGGAGUGGGUAAAACAACAACGGUGUCGCUAGUGUGCAAGGAGCUCGGUUUUGAUACAGUAGAAUUGAACGCCUCGGACACUCGCAGUAAGACGUUACUCAAGGAACAGCUGGGGGAGCUACUAUCUACUAACACGUUGCAGGCGUAUGCUACAGGUUGUGCGGGUAAGGGAGCGGUGUCCAAGAAACACGUCCUUGUGAUGGAUGAAGUGGACGGAAUGGCCGGCAACGAAGACAGAGGAGGUCUACAGGAGUUAAUAUCACUGAUCAAGACGACGUCUGUGCCCAUCAUAUGUAUGUGUAAUGAUAGGAACAGUGAGAAGAUGAGGUCUCUGGUCAACUACUGCUAUGACCUCAAGUUCACACGGCCACGGGUUGAACAGAUUAAGUCGGCUAUGAUGUCAAUCUGCUACAAAGAGGGCAUCAAGCUAUCUGCUGAAGCACUCUCUCAGCUGAUAGUGUCAUCUGGUCAGGAUGUAAGACAAACACUUCAUCUGCUUAGUGUAUGUGCCUCCGGACUUACCAACGAUGAGGCAAAAGCUGCCAGGAAAGAUAUCAAAAUGGGUCCAUGGGAGGCGAUCCGCAAAGUAUUCAGUGCCGAGGAACACAAAACAAUGUCCAUCAUUGACAAAAGCGAUCUGUUCUUCUGUGAUUACUCAAUCAUGCCAUUAUUUGUGCAAGAAAACUUCCUCAAUGUUACACCGCAUUGUCCAAAGAACGAGAUUUUAGAUCGUUUUAGUAAAGCUGCAGAUAGCUUAAGUCUAGGGGACUUGGUGGAGGCGCGGAUAAGAGGAAGUCAGGCUUGGAACCUACUACCAACACAGGCGAUGUUCAGCAGUGUGAUCCCCGGACAUCACUUAUCUGGUCAUGUGUCGGGGCAGAUUCAGUUUCCUUCAUGGUUAGGUAAAAAUUCCCGAGCAAACAAAAUGAACCGCUUGUGCCAGGAAAUACAUGCGCACACAAGACUCAGUACAUCCGGUUCUAAAUCUUCAAUAUUCCUGGACUAUUCAACUCACCUACGUGAUGCUAUUAUAAAUCCCCUUAUUCAAGACAAAACAGACGGCAUUGAAAAUUCCCUUAAAGUUUUAGAAUCAUAUUACUUGCUACGAGAAGAUUUGGACUCUCUUGUGGAAUUAUCAUUGUGGCCGGGCCAAAGAAAUCCUACAGUUUUAAUUGAUUCUAAGGUAAAAGCUGCAAUGACUCGCACUUAUAAUAAAAAAGCUAGUGCAUUGCCUUAUGCCGCUGCCAGUAUUAAGAAAGGUCGAGCCACUGAAGACGGGGAGUUAUCACAUGAGGAAGACGACACAAGUGAUGUUGAACUUGAUGCUAUGAUUAAAAAAAAGAAAGAACCCACUAAAACCUCAACAAGUAAGACAAAAGUUAAACAAGAGGAUUCGGCAAGUACAAGUAAAGCGGCUGCAAAAAAGAAACCAGCUCCCAAGCAAAAGAAGAAAUAA